AUGAUCAUUAUCCAAAGUAAGUAUGUGAGGGAUAUUGUAGCUGAUGCAGGCCUCACACAAUGCAAAGCUACUAACACCCCCCUACCAGCUGGUUUGCAACUCAAGGCUGCCUCAGGACAGCAACUCAGCAAUCCUGAACCUUACAGAAGGCUGUUGGGUAGGCUGCUAUAUCUUAGCUUCACAAGGCCAGAUAUCUGUCAUGCCACUCAACAGUUAAGUCAGUUCAUGCAAUUCCCUUCUCAAAAUCACUGGGAACCUGCAUUACACUUAGUGAGAUAUCUGAAGGGGACAUUAUACAGAGGCCUACAUUUCAAUUCCAACAACAACUUCACUUUGGAAGCAUAUUGUGAUGCAGAUUGGGUUACCUGCAAGGAGACAAGGAAAUCACUCACAGGCUACUGUAUAUUUCUAGGAGGAAGCUUAAUAUCUUGGAAAACCAAGAAACAAACUACUGUUUCAUGGUCAACUGCAGAAGCAGAAUACAGGAGCAUGAGUUCAACCACCUGUGAACUUAUCUGGAUUCACAGCUUGCUUAAAGAUUUGAAGAUCAAUAUACAGACACCUAUUUCCUUUUAUUGUGAUAACCAAGCAGCUUUGUACAUUACAGCUAAUCCGGUCUUCCAUUAA